AUGAAGAAGUUCAACAUCAGGAAGGUGCUGGACGGCUUGAAGGAGGCGUCCUCCUCCACCCCGUCUGUCCAUGUGGGGCCACAGGAGAACCAUCUGAUCCAGGAGACCCUUCAGUCCGACCAUUUCCAGCUCUGCAAGACUGUCCGUCAUGGCUUCCCAUAUCAGCCAUCAUCCAUGGCUUUCGACCCGGUGCAGAAGAUACUGGCCAUUGGCACCCAGAGAGGAGCUCUCAGAUUGUUUGGUCGUCCAGGUGUGGAGUGUUACUGUCAGCAUGAGAGUGGAGCGGCUGUCAUCCAGCUUCAGUUUCUCAUCAACGAGGGAGCACUUGUGAGUGCUCUGGCUGAUGACACUGUCCACCUGUGGAACCUGAGGCAGAAGAGACCAGCCAUCCUCCAUUCCCUCAAGUUCAGCAGAGAGAGAAUAACUUUCUGCCACCUGCCCUUCCAGAGUAAAUGGUUGUACAUCGGCACAGAACGAGGGAACAUCCACAUCGUCAACGUGGAGUCCUUUAUGCUCUCAGGCUACGUCAUCAUGUGGAACAAAGCCAUUGAACUGUCGUCCAAGGCUCACCCUGGACCAGUUGUCCACAUAAGUGACAACCCUAUGGACGAGGGAAAGCUUAUAAUUGGAUUUGAGUCUGGGAUCGUGGUCCUGUGGGAUCUGAAAUCAAAGAAGGCCGACUAUCGCUACACUUACGAUGAGGCGAUCCACUCAGUUGCCUGGCAUCACGAGGGCAAGCAGUUCAUUUGCAGUCACUCAGACGGAACCCUGACCAUAUGGAACGUCAGAGGGCAGGGCAAGCCCAUACAGACAAUCACCCCUCACGGUAAACAGCCCAAGGACGGAAAGAAGCCAGAGCCUUGCAAACCCAUUCUCAAAGUGGAAUACAAAACCACUAGAAAUGGGGAACCCUUCAUAAUCCUUUCUGGUGGUCUGUCCUACGACACGGUGGGCAGGCGGCCCUGUCUUACGGUAAUGCACGGGAAGAGUACUGCUGUGCUGGAGAUGGACUACCCUAUAGUAGACUUCCUCACACUCUGUGAGACACCGUAUCCUAAUGAUUUUCAGGAACCUUAUGCUGUGGUGGUCCUUCUAGAAAAGGAUUUAGUGGUGAUCGACCUUGCACAAAAUGGUUACCCCAUAUUCGAGAACCCCUAUCCUCUGACUAUCCAUGAGUCUCCUGUGACCUGCUGCGAGUACUUUGCCGACUGCCCUGUGGACCUCAUACCUGCACUUUACUCUGUUGGCUCGCGGCAGAAACGACAGGGCUACAGCAAAAAGGAAUGGCCUAUUAGUGGUGGAAACUGGGGUCAAGGCACACAGAGCUACCCAGAGAUCAUCAUCACUGGGCAUGCUGAUGGAACUGUGAAGUUCUGGGAUGCCUCUGCAAUAACGCUCCAGGUGCUCUACAAGCUCAAAACAGCCAAGGUGUUUGACAGAAACCGGUCCAAGGAGGACAAGGGCAGUAUGGAGGUGUCAGAUGAAGACCCUUUUGCCAUCCAGAUUAUGGCCUGGUGCCCUGAGAGCAGGAUGCUGUGUGUGGCUGGGGUGUCAGCUAAUGUUAUCAUCUACCGCUUCAGCAAGCUGGAAGUAACUACUGAGGUAGUGCAGUUACUAGAGGUGCGAAUGCAGUAUGAGCUGAAUGAUAUAGAGUCUCCAGACGGUGGUGGGGGGGAACAGACAUCGGCGCUUCCCACCCCUGGUGCCUCCCCUCAGACGAGUGGCCCACCGUCGCACCCCUCCACCAGCAGCAACAACUCUGACGGAGGCAACAUGCCCUGCCUCAAAGUGCGCAGCACACCUCUGAAGCAGUCUCCAGGUUACCAGGUAGAUUUGGUGGUCCAAUUAGUGUGGGUGAGUGGAGAGCCCCCUCAGCAGAUCACAACUCUGGCGCUCAAUUCCUCCUACGGCCUUGUGGUAUUCGGCAACAGUAAUGGUCUGGCCGUGGUGGACUAUAUCCAGAAGACAGUGGUGCUCAACUUGGGGACGGUCGAGCUGUACGGCUCCAAUGACCCCUACCAGAGACAGCCCCGCUCACCAAGAAAGACACGACAGCCCUCUGGAGGUAAUGGUCUGUGCGACAUCAAUGAGGGCUCAGCAACAUCAGAGGACCGCUGCAAGUCUCCUACUUCAGUGUUGAUGUCAAACAGCAAUCUACAGCAAUUCUACAAUGGCGGUGGUAGAGGAGCAAAGAUGUCACGGAAAUUAAGCUUGCCUACUGAGCUAAAGCCAGACUUGGUCCUCCUGUCUGUAUGCCCGCCACGGGGUGCCAACCCAUUAGACCACCGGGACAAUUCUUUCAGUCGCUCGCGCUCCUCCAGUGUCACCAGCAUUGACAAGGAAGCUAAAGAAGCCAUCACUUCCUUCCACUUCAGUGAGACCUUCGCCCGGAAGGGGGACAGCACUUUGACACCCUGCCUGUAUGUGGGCACCUCCUUGGGCACCGUGCUCACUCUGGCUAUCACAUUACCACCUGCUGGUGAACAACGGCAGCUUCAGCCAGUUAUCAUUUCUCCUACAGGCAUGUUGGUACGCCUGAAAGGCAGCCACCUGCAGAUGGCUUUCUUGGACUCCACAGGUUCCCUGGUGCCCCCUGCGUUUGAACCUUGGUAUGAACCCAAUGUUACAGCAGAUGGUGAAGAAAGAGAGAAGGUCCGCAAACGCCGGCCCGUCUCAGUUUCCCCUUCAACCUCCCAGGACCUCAAUGAGAACCAGUAUGCCGUGGUGUGUUCAGAAAAACAGGCCAAAGUCAUUUCCCUGCCCUCCCAGACCUGCAUCUAUAAACAUAGUAUCACAGAGACUUCCUUCAUCCUGCGGGCAGAUGUGGUGCAGAUGAGCCAAGGCGUGAGCCUGGCGUGCUUCUGUGCUAAUGGCCACAUCAUGACCCUCAGUUUGCCAGGACUGAGACCGCUCAUGGAUGUAAACUACCUGCCUUUGACAGACAUGCGGAUAGCAAGGACGUUCUGCUUCACCAACUUGGGUCAGGCCAUGUAUCUCUGCUCCCCCACUGAGAUCCAGAGGAUCACUUACAGUCAGGACACCUGUGAGAACCUGCAGGAGAUGCUGGGUGAAUUAUUUACACCAGUGGAGACACCGGAGGCACCCAACAGAGGGUUCUUCAAGGGUCUCUUUGGGGGAGGAGCACAGUCACUGGAUAGAGAGGAGCUAUUUGGAGAGGUAGCAGCUGGAAAGGCAUCCCGAAGCCUGGCCCAGCACAUCCCAGGCCCGGGUGGCAUUGAGGGUAUGAAGGGGGCAGCCUCUGGUGUGGUGGGAGAUCUGGCACGCGCCCGGAUAGCACUUGAUGAAAGAGGCCAGAAACUGGGUGAGCUGGAUGAGAGGACAGCUGCGAUGAUGGCCAGCGCAGAUUCCUUUUCCAAACACGCCCAUGAGAUGAUGCUGAAGUGCAAAGACAAAAAAUGGUACCAGUUCUGA